AAAAAUGGGCAGAGCCAUGCGAUGCAUUUCUGUCCCGUGAGACGUUUCAGAGAGCACACAGGACCCAUCAGAACAGCAGGCUCAAUGGCAUGGAACUCUAUAGUGAAACAAAGACUACAGCUCCAAGUCACAAACCAGAGAGGGGUCCCACCUCUUAAAACAUUUCCAGUACAUCAACAUGGAUCAUCUUCUCUAAACACUGGUGCAUAUAGCAACAGCAUGCUUCAGGGGAGGUCGCUUAGAGGCUCAAGAAACCUCUCUGAAAAAAACGCCAGGAAAUCAUUCACAGCCAAAAAAGCUCUGCUCAUAGCAUGUGGAGUGCGAUGUGUCCUGUCACCACGACCCUCCAACUGCUCCACAUCAUCACCCCAUAAAGACGAGAACGACAGAGCUCAUUCCACCUCUGCAAGAGAACAGAAAUCCAGUAGAGACUGUGUUGAAACAAAGAGUGAACUGAAAGUAUGGGAUCCAUACACUGUGAUUAAAAGAACAGGGGAGAGAGAAAGAGCGAGGAGCAGUAUACACAGACAGAGAGUCCCGCUGGAUUCAAGCCACCGGCCUUCCACUGUCCCACUGGAGAAUCAGACGGGACGCCGAGCACUAAGCACACCAGAAACUCCCAUGUGUAAGAUUCUCUGGAGAAGAAAAGAUGACCAAAAUGUCCUUCAAGAUAGACCUCAACAUUUUACUGAAGAUCAGAAUCUCAGUCUAACCCAAUUACUACAUCUCUACCUGCCUUCAUCAUAUCAGCCGCAGGAGCAGAGAGAAGAUACAGCACCAGGACAGGAAAAUAGCAGCUCAGAGGUAUAUGAGAGGCAAGACGUCACAGAGGAACUCAGAGAGCAUGACAUCCCCAUGGAGAGCCAAAAACAAGACAUCACCGUCAAUAAAACAGCAGAUGAAGGACAAAAUGAUUCCACAGAUGGCAUGCGAUAUGAUAAUACAGAUACCUGGGAGAAUGACACUCCUGAGGAAACUUUUGAGAAUGACAUGAUUGACGAAAAACGUCCACAAGAAGUCACAGAUGACAACAGACAACACGAAAUCAUAGAAAAUCAAUGUGACAUUGACAGAUCGUUUAAUAUUGUAGAGGACAAGCAAGAAUAUGACAUUACAGAGAAGACUGAAGGCGAAUAUAGGAGAACCAAAUCGAAUAGAAGUUCAUACAAAGCUUCUGAUGCCAAACUCAUAAUCAAAACACGUUACCCGGCCACAGCUACAGCGCUAAUGUUCCCAUAUACCCUGAUGGACAGAAAUCCCUCUCCCACUCUCAGCGUACUGCCAUCGUUUUAUGGACCUUCAUUUGGCUAUCGCAUCAGAACCACAUCUGAGCCCUGCCGAUCCAAAACAAGGGCCAGAAAAGCCUGUGAUGACAACAGAUCUACAGAGCCCAUGAAUGACAUGCGACAUACCAUAGAAAUAAAAGGAAAUCCCUGCUUAUUGAAAACAAGGGCUGGAAUGCCAGUCAGCCCCCACCCCAAAAUAAUGAGCCCUGAGAGGGGGUCCCAGCCUCGUAAAAUCAAAACCACCAAGACGUUUUUGUGGGGACCAGAGGGGCCCCUAGAGACUAAGACAGUGUGUGAGCUACACAGUCCUGUGAACAGGUGGAGAAGCGUGGAUUAA